CAGGUGUCGCUUUCACACAGGUGAAAACCGGAAGACAUUUUGUAUGAUGUGAUUCAAAACAACAAUCUGAACGGAACAACUACAACAAAUUAAGAUUUUCAUUUAAUAAGCUGUAAAGAUGUUACCUGGAACAAGCCUCCUGCAAACGGCGCUCAUCCUCUGUUCUUUCUCGUCAGUUUUAGCACUAAAUUGUUACCAGUGCAACUCAACACUAGAUUCCAACUGUCAAGAUCGAUUUGACCAUGAUCAAAGUGUCAAUCCCAUCCGUUCUACCAAGUGCACAGUGUACAAUGCCCGCUACUGCAUAAAGAUUACCGGAGUGUGGGGAGGAAUAGUUGGGACACAUCGUUUUUGCAGUGCCCGGGACUUAGGGGAUCAGUGCCAGGAUUUGUCGUACCCGGACCACGAUCGUUUAUACCGGGCCUGUGUAUACAGCUGUACGAGAGAUGACUGUAACUCUGCCAUCUCCACAAAAGGUUCCAUCAUUUUCCUCCUGGUUUUACUUGUUGGACCGCUGUUGAUGAGACAUUUUCUGUAACCACCGUGUGAUGUCUAACAAGAAUCAUGCAACAUUUAGAGCUAGACUACACAAGAUUUCUACAAAA